GGCCCACACAGCUGAUCAUAUUAUUCCAGUCGCUGUGCUGCACUCACCUUCAGUUCAGCGUGCGCUCCACUAUGGACCGCAAAAGGGAUGACUGGCACAGGAUACAAAGAGAAAGGAAAAGCUACUUGCCACAGAAUGACGGAUGACAGAAGUACUAUGGUGCACAUUCUCGAGGAGCCUCGGAUGAGAAGGGAAACGGAGAGACUUCGAACUUUUCAGAACUGGCCAGCGGAUGCACCUGUAACAUCUGGAGAGCUGGCCAGAGCGGGCUUCUUCUUCCUCGGCCCCGGAGAUAAAGUCCAGUGUUUCUGCUGCGGGGGGAUUUUAAGAUGUUGGGUCCACGGGGACAGCCCAGCCGCGGAGCACAGGAGGCAUUUCCCCACCUGCAGUUUCAUAUUGGGCCAAGCUGUGGGAAACAUCCCUCUCCAAGUUGGAUUCUCGGACUCCGUGGACGGCCAGUUGUUGAGCCAACUCCAGAGGAUGACUAUGGAUGACCAGGGGACAGCUGGACAAGCGGUGUAUCCAGAGAUGGAGGCGGAGGAUUCCCGGCUCACCACUUUCCACAACUGGCCCACUGAGGCCUCGAUCCAGCCAGAUGUUCUGGCUAGGGCAGGAUUUUUCUACACAGGUCACGGUGACAAUGUCAAAUGCUUCUACUGUGAUGGCGGGCUGAGAAACUGGGAGCCGGGAGAUGACCCCUGGCAGGAACAUGCCAAGUGGUUUCCACGGUGUGAGUUUUUAAUCCAGUCGAGGGGGCAGGAGUAUAUCAGCAACAUCCAAGAUACUCAUUUCCAUCUGGGUGAGACUGGGGGUGGAUCUCAGACCUCGACAAGCAGAGAUAACGGCUCCAGAAAUGAUGUGGUCGCAGGUCUGGCGGCUACCUCGGCCAUGCUCUCUCCUGUGGUGCAGACUGUGCUUCAGAUGGGCUUCGAGGCCGGAAUGGUGGAGAGUCUGGUCCAGACCAAGUUUCUAUUGACAGGCCAGCACUACAUGUCAGUAUCUGACCUGGUCACCGACGUUCUGCAGGCAGAGGAGGAGGAAAGACAGAGGGGGCCACAGAGCAGAGAUACUGAGACGAGGCAGGGCUCCAGUGCUGGAAGUGUGAGAACACAAACACCCAUCAGAGGGAAAGUGAAGGACCCCAGUCCAGAGGAGAUGCUGAGGCAGCUGCAGGAGGAGAGGACCUGCAAGGUGUGCAUGGACAAGCUGGUGUCCAUCGUCUUCAUCCCCUGUGGUCAUCUGGUGGUGUGUGGCGAUUGCGCUGCCAGCCUGCGUCACUGCCCCAUCUGCAGAGCCGUCAUCAGGGGCAGCGUUCGUGCGUUCAUGUCCUGAAGCUGCAGUA